GCUGGAUCGGACGCAGCCCCGCGAUCCGUACACGGGCCCCGGGGAGCUUCUGGCUGAUGAGGGAAUGGGAACCGAUGGAUCUCUCAGACAGAGCUGAGCUCCAGCUAUCUAAAUGCAAGGAUUAGGAACUCGGAGAAAGGGAACAAAAUCUUUUACAUCAGCAGUUGAGAAAAUCACCUUUGUUUCACUUCCAAUCACAAACUCUGCAGAUGCUGGAAAUCCAAGCAACACACACCGAAUGGUGGAGGAAUUCAUUAGUACUCUUUUCCAUAGAUGCCUGCUGAGUUCCUCCAGGAUUUUGUUUGUGCUGCUUGAGCUAUCUCCUUUUGUUCUGGACUUUUCUACCCGUGACGACAUGUUUUGACCUAUUCUCUCUGGGAAGAUAAUGACAUCAAAAACCUUUUGUCCUGGGCAACAAGUAGCUUUCACAUAACAAACGUGCCAGAGCCUGUUGGUCUUUUCAGUCUGGUACCGUGUCCUGGAUGGUAGCAGCAGGAACAGUUUGUGGUUGUGGUGAACUGUGUCCUCAAUAUCCUUUGGGCGUUUUUACACACCUGUCUCUGUAAAUGGAUUGAAUAGUGGGAAGUUCACAUCUGCAGAUGUGCUGGGCUCUCCGCACCACUCUACAGGUUCCUGCAAUUAAGGGAAGUACAGUUCCCGUACCAGGCAGUGAUGCAGCCAGUCAUGAUGCUCGCAAUUGUGUUGCUGUAGAAAGUUCUUGGUAUUUUGGGCCCCAUCCCAAACUUCUUCAGUCGUCUGAGGUGACAGAGGUGUUGUUGUGCUUUUUUCACAACACAGCUGGUACGUACACACGAGGAAAUCUGCAGAUGCUGGAAAUUCAAGCAACACACGUAAAAUGCUGGUGGAACACAGCAGGCCAGGUAGCAUCUAUAGGAAGAAGCACUGUCGACGUUUCUGGCUGAGACCCAUCGUCAGGGCAUCAUGUGAUAUCCUCGGAGGUGUUUAUGCCAAGGAACUUCAAGCUCUUCACCUUCUUAACCACAGAUUGAUUAAUGUCAAUAGGCGUUAGCCUGACUCCAUUCCUUCUGUCGUCCACGAUCAGCUCCUCUGUUUUUGUGAAAUUGAGGGAGAGUUUGUUUUCUUGACACCAGUCAGAUGUUGUUCAGACCUCAGACAAAGUCAGCAAUCACAUGGAGCAUGGUGCGAUGAAUGUGCUGACCUGUGUAUAUCACAAUGCAAGAAGCAUCGUAGGAAAGCCAGAUGAGCUCAGGGCAGGGAAUUAUGAUAUUGUAGACAUUAUUGGGACUUGUUUACACCAAACUGUCUGAGGGAUUCAGAGGAACAAAUCUGUAGAGAGGUUGCAGACCAUGUAAAUAAACAUAGGUUGAUUCAGUAAGUGAUUUUAACUUUACACAUAUUGACUGGGACUCCCACACUGUAGAAGGACUAGAUGGGGUAAUGUUUGUCAAAUGUGCCGUUAAUCAGUAUGUAAAAUUCCCUACGUAGAAGUGUGCAUCAAGCUGGUAGGAAAUGAUCCAAGGCUGGUGACAAAAUUUAGUGAUCAUAAUGCCAUGAGAUUCAAAAUAAAGAUGGUAUGAGAAAGGUCUGGACAAUGGGUUGAGAUUCUAAAUUGGAGAACGGUCAAUGUUGAUGGUAUCAGAAAGGAUUUGACAAGUGUGGUUUGGGACAGGCUGUUUCCUGACAAUGGAGUAUUUGUAAGUGGGAGGCCUUCAAAAGUGAAAUUUUGAGGGUGUAGAGUCUGUAUGUGCUUGCCAAGAUAAAAGUUGAGAGAAAACUGGUGCAGGGAAUCUUGGUUUUCAAGAGAUAUCGAGGCCCCAGAUAUUUUGUUCCUCUAAAUCCUUCAGACUGUUGGGAGCUACCAAAACCCAUUAAUGACUACAAUACCAGGAUUCCUUGCACUGAGCUCAUCUGAGUUUUUUUAGUUGUAUGCUGUUGGUUUCUAAAAGUUUUUGCUCUAUUAUGUGCCCUCUCUCUGGCUUUAUGUUGGCUUUGGCUUCUCAUUUUAGCCACGGUUGUGUCCUCCUGUCUUUCUAAUAUUUCCACUUCUGUGGAAUCACGCAGCUCCCGAAUUGCUCCCAGAAACUCCAGCCAUUGGUGCUCUGUUGUCACUCCUAUCUUUCCCUUCCAAACAAAUUUGGCCAGCUUCUCUGUCACAGAAACAUGGAGAAGUUGAGUAUGGAAAUGGGCUAUUUGGCCCAUCUAGUAAAUGCUGAAUAAACAUUUAAGCUGUCUAAUGCAACUACCUGCACUGGGACCAUUGCCCUUCAUACCCCUACCAUCCAGUCUCCCAUCCAAACUUCCUUUAAGUGGUGAAACCGAGCUCAUAUUCACCACUUGUGCUGGCAUUUCAUUCCAGACUCUCAGAACCAUUUCAGUAAAGAGCUUUUCCACAGGUUCCCAUUAAAUACUCACCUUCUCCACUUACCAAUGACCUCUGGUUGUGGUCCCACCCAAUCUCAGUGGAAAAAGCUGCUUGCAUUUCCCCUAUCUAUACCCUCAUAAUUUUCUAUACUUCUAAAACAUCCUCAAUCCAAUGUAUAAUUUCCUUGUUUAUUUUUAGAGUUAUUUUUAGGUGUAUAACAUGAUGAGGGGCAUUGAGCGUGUGGAUAGCCGGAGGUAUUUUCUCAGGGUUGAAAUGGCUAACACGAGGUGGCAUAGUUUUAAGGUGCUUGGAAAUAGAUACUGAGGGAUGUCAGGGGUAAGAUUUUUACACAGAGAGUGGUGCGUGUGUGAAAUGCACUGCCAGCAGUGGUGGUCCAGGCAGAUAAAAUGGGGUUUUUUAACAGCCUCUUCGAUAGGAACAUGGAGCUUAGAAAAACAGAGGGCUGUGUGCUAGGGAAAUUCUAGGCAGUUACGAGAGUAGGUUACAUGAUUGGCACAACAUUUUAGGCUGAAUGGCUUGGAGUAUGCUGUAGGUUUCUAUCUUCUAUUUUGAACAGUGAAGUAACUACUCUUCUUUAAUCUCUAUAGGAUCCAUGAUUUGAAUGCCACUUUUCCACACUCCCAUGGACUCUUUGAUCAUCUGCUGAGUAAACACAGAUGGAAAAAUCUUGAAGAUUUAAGAUCUCCACCAUCUGCUUUGUUUCCACACGUGGAUUUCCAUUCUGGCCUUCCAGAGGACCAACAUUGUGCCUUGCAAUCCUUUUGCUCUUAACCUCUCUCUAGAAUCUCAGAGAAUUCUCCUUCAUCUUUUCUGUGAGGGCAACCUUAUACCUUCUUUUAGCCAUACUGGUUUAUUUCUUAUGUGUUGCAUUUCUUAUACUCCAUAAGAUUCUGCCUGCUUCUCCCUUUGCCAUAAAGCAGACUGUCACAAUCCACAGUUGCCAGAUCCUGGUAUACUAAUUCCAGGUGUUGAUCCAUGUCCUGAACACAUCCGCCCUUCCUACGCUGCUCCUUGUAUUGAAAUAUACAGGGCUCAGCAUAUUCACUGUAUCAUGCUCAACAUUUUCAUUCCUGACUUUGAGGACUGAACAACAACUAUCUCCACAAUCAAUCCACUCUCUGUUCAGUUAUUCAGGCUCUCAUUCCCCCUGCAACUUUCAUUUAACCCCCCCCCCCCCACUUCCCCCACCUCCCAGCAUGCAGCUCUACCCUUUGGCUUUCCAGGUCAAUAAAAAUGAGGUGCAUACCAGGUACAGGCAGAUAGGAACAAAAGGGGUCCUUUUGAAAUACAGGAAAUUCAAGUGAACACUUAUGAAAUAAAUAAAAGGCAUCAGGUUGCCCCAGCAGACAAGGUGAACAAGAAUCCUUAGGGAAUCUGCAGAUAUGUUAAGAGCAAAAAGAUUACAUGGGAAAAAAUAAUCCUCUGCAAGAUCAGAAUGGUAAUCCAUAUGAGGAAGCAAAACAGAUGGGGAGGACAAGGCAGUGGAUGUUCUCUGCAUGGACAUUUGCAAGGCACUUGACAAAGUCUCAUAUGGGAUAUGGGAGGUUGGUCAAGAAGGUUCAGUCACUCAGCAUUCAAGAUGAGAUAGUAAAUUGGAUGAUCAAACCUUGUGAACUCAAGUAAUCUCUCAUGAAAUGUUGUCCUACACCCAUUGAUGUAUCUUGUAAAUCUUUUUACAGGUUAAAAAUGAGAAGGAAUUUGUCUCCUGGGAUCUCAAACACGGCAUUCCAGUUUUGCUGUCUCUGUCUAGAUGUUUAAAAAGUGGAGCAAGGGAUUCAAUCGACCAUCCUUCCUGCUCAGACUGUGGGGAGGGAUUCACUCGUGCAUUUGACCAACUGACAUCUCUAUCAUUUUACACAGGAAAAAGGCCAUUUACCUGCUCAGACAGUGGGAGUCGAUUCACUCGUUCAUCUCAACUGAAGGUAGGUUCACACUGGGCAAGGCCAUUCACCUGUUCUGUGUGUGAAAAAGGAUUUAGUCAGUCUUCCCACCUGUGGACACACCAGUCAGUUCACAACGAGCAAAGACUGGUCAUCUGCUGAAUUUCUGGGAAAGAAUGCACUCAGUCAUCUGACCUAAUGGCACACCAGUGAGUUUGCACUAGGGAAAAGCCAUUCACAUGCUCAGUCUGCAGGAAGUUAUUCACUCAGUCAUCCCACCUACAGAGUCAUCAGCGAGUUCACACUGGGGAGAAGCCGUUCACAUGCUCAGUCUGUGGGAAGGGAUUCACACAGUCAUCCACACUACAGAGUCAUCAGUGAGUUCACACUGGAGAGAGGCCUUCACCUGCUCAGAGUGUGGGAAGGGAUUCACUUGGUCAUCCCAAUUAAUGGCACACCAGUGAGUUCACACGGGGGAAAUGCAGUUCACCUGCUCAGAAUGUGGGACGAGAGUCACUCAUUCAUCCACCCUACAGAGUCACCAGCAAGUUUACACUGGGGAGAGGCCAUUCACCUGCUCAGAAUGUGGGAAGGGAUUGUCACUGGCAUCCCACCUACAGAGACAUCACUCAGUUCACACUGGGGAGGGGCCAUUCCUCUGCUCAGUCAGUGGGAAAGGAUUCACUAAAUCAUCGCAUCUGAAGGUACAUCAGCAAGUUCAUGCUGGAGACAGGCCAUUCACCUGGUCAGACUGUGGGAAGACAUUCACUCAGUCAUUCGACCUACUGCUACACAAGUUGGUUCACACUGAGGAGAAGCCGUUCACCCGCUCAGAAUGUGGGAAGGGAUUCUCUCAUUCAUCCAACCUUCUGCGUCACCAGCGAGUUCACACUGGGGAGGCCGUUUACCUGCUGAGAAUGUGGGAAGGGAUUCACUCAGUCACCCGAAUUACUGGCACAUCAUUCAGUUCACAUUGGGGAGUGGCUGUUGUUAUGGUUCCCUAGGUUUUGUUUGGCGUGGACUGACAUUUUAAGAGAGAGAGAGAUUAAGAAGGCCAAUCAGUCUGACUUGCAGCUUGUUUACAUCGCGCACAGCUUGUUUAGUUUUAAUCGAAGACACAGGCACUCUGAGUCAGAUGGAGACGGAGGAGGAAAAAUGGAAGAAUCAAAACCAGGGAACUAGUGGCCAAGGGUCACUGAUUGCGACUUUCCUAUGCCCACAAGGGUGAGUUGAUUAUCUAUUCAUUGUACAUCGAAUGUGAGGUUGUCACCUCGUUUGAUCCAUAGGAGUGGAUCUGAUUUGAGCUAUCCUGUGAAGACCACUGAUGUGUUAACCCGUGCCUGGGUGUGGUGUGGUAAUUCACUUGAAGACGAUACCCUUUGUGACAAGUCACUUCGGGUGAUAAUUCGUAUGUGGAUUUGGAAUGAAGACUGAUAAAUUCUACAGCAACUGUUGUCUCGUUUUACCACCAUGAAUCCUGUGCAAUUCGACAUAAUUGCCUUUUCUCAACAUUUACGCUGGAUUACAAAUAUCUCUCUCAUCAGCUAUUCCAUGGUUGAACUGAACUUUCAUACUUUGCCAACUCAAGACUCCAAGCCUUGUUUCUCCCGAGCUCAAUAGUUUUGGAGUUAUAUUUACACAUAUAUAGUCAUAUAACAAUGUUAC